UUAUGCAUUCUAACCAGCGGAAGGUUCCAGAAAUUUCCAUACGGGUGAAAAAGGGGGACAGCUAUUGGAUUUCAGACUGGAGACCUUCCGGAAAUUCGGACAAUAUGUGCAUCUGAGUGAAGAAAAUUUGUACGUGUAACCCAGAGAAACACCACUGAAAUUGACAGAGGGGAAGGAGAAAGAGCGCCGAUGUGAUUCAGAGAGACGCGCGGAUGAGAAACAAAUAGGACUGACAGUCAGCUCUAUGGUGGUGUAUGUACUGUAGGCAUGAAUCAGGACGUCGGCUGAAUGCUAACGCUAAGGAUGUGCUGAGAGGAGGAGGCGGGGACUGCCCAAGAUGCAUUUUGUAAACUUUCUGACAGCUUGGCUUUAUUCUUACUGUUUCCACUUCAAAGCCACUUUCCUGGGGUGUCCUGGGUUAGGAAGAGAGUGGCUAACAGGUGGGGAGCAGUGAAGGGAUUGAAAAAGGUCAGUGGAAGCCAGGGGGGGGGGGGGCAUCAUUCUGUCAAAUAUAUCCCCCUCCCCCCAGCAAACCAGCAUAUCAUCCAGUGUAGAAGAGGCUAAGAAUGUACCUCUCUGACAGCACCAUAGACGUCUUGCUGAGUACUGCAUAUAGUGAGAAUAAAAUAAUUCAAUAUAAUCUAAUGGAAUAAAAAACACAAGCAAUGCCAAUGCAUGGGUAUUUGUGCUUUCACAUACCUGCAGAAAUGUUAGUUGACUACCUAAGCACUUCCUUAAGUAGCACGUAGUUCAAUAAAACUGUAAAUCUCAGACCUUACACAAUAUAUGUAAGUGGUUCCUUGAUGUAGUGUAGGAGAAGUCUAUCGAGCGAUAAAACAAUUUAUGCGCAAUUGGUGAUGCCCUCCAUUCGCAUUGUUGGUUGCUGCCAUCUGGUGGAGUUGUAAUUUCAAAACGCUUUUCGCACUGUACUUUUUGACCCGAAUGGAGACCCAUAAGUUGUAUCCGAUAGUUGUUAGCAACGGUCUCGUUGCUUAGCUAACGUUAUCAAGUACGAUUUCAGCAUUUGUUUAUAUCGUAUCAGUAGGUUUAUUAUUAUAGCUGUAACAGUGCUAAAUGCUGCAACGCCAAAAUGGCCACCAGUAACCCAUCUGUGUUUCUUCUGAUGAUAAACGGGCAAAUAGAAGGCGCAAAUUUUCCCGAAUAUGACGAGCUUUACUGCAAGUACUGUUUCGUGUACGGACACGAUUGGGCACCCACGUCGGGGUUGGAAGAAGGCAUAUCCCAGAUCUCCUCCCGGGGCCGGGACACAUGUCAUGGUCUGGUGUGGAACUUCCCUGUGGAGAUCACCUUCAAGAGCACCAACCCAUUUGGCUGGCCGCAGAUCGUAGUGAGUGUGUACGGUCCUGACACCUUUGGGAACGAUGUGGUUCGAGGAUACGGGGCUGUUCACAUCCCUGUUACUCCUGGCAAACACGUGAAAACAAUUCCCAUGUUUGUUCCAGAAUCUACUUCCAGGCUACAAAAACUCACCAGCUGGCUAAUGGGACGGCGUCCAGAGUUCACAGACCCCAAGGUUAUAGCCCAGGGUGAAGGAAGAGAAGUCACUAGGGUACACUCCCAGGGCUCUGUCAGCCUCUCCUUCAACAUCGUCACCAAGGACAUGAAGAAGCUAGGCUACGAUGUCGGCUCCACAAGUGAUGUAUGAUGCAGGCCCCCACCACCAUGCUACAGGACCAGCCUAUUCAUGAUCCAACUUAUGGGGGGGGGGGGGGGGGGGGGAAAUCAGGGUUUGCUGUGGGAAGAGGAUCAAGUUGUAUAGUCAUUUUUUUAUAUUUGUAUAUUUAUAAUAAAGUACUGUUAUAAAGCUA